CCAAGUCUGCCCCGGCGAAGGGACGUCGUCUGGUCUAACACUCGGCGCUCAUUGCCCGCGUCCGUUGCACGAUGCUGCAGCUGAACGACGCCGUGGAGCCGGAGGGUGCGGGCGUCGCGAUCCUCCACUCUGCGGACACCGAGGAGGGGGUGGAGGUCGCCUUCACGCCGCCGGAGGCCGAGCGGAGCCUCGGACACGGAGCCUGCUGCCCGCCGUUACAGACGCUGACUCCUUUCCACGUGCACAACCCCACGAUGCAGGCGAAGGUGAAGGACUACUUCGUGUUCAGGCCAGGCACCAUCGAGCAGGCUGUGAGCGACAUCAGGACUGUGGCACUCCCUUCCGAGGAUGGAGAGGUGCUCAGCGUCUGGCUGCUGGCAGAAGUUGACCACUGGAACAAUGAGAGGGAGAGACUCGUGCUUAUAACUGAUAGGUCGCUGCUGGUGUGCAAGUACGACUUCAUCAACCUGUUGUGUCAGCAGGUCGUCAGGAUCUCUCUCAACGCGGUAGACACCCUCUCAGUGGGCGAGUUUGAGUUCCCGCCCAAAUCCCUUAACAAGAGAGAGGGCUACGGGAUUCGUGUCCAGUGGGACAAACGUCCUCGGGCCUCGUUCUUACACCGCUGGAACCCCUGGUCCACAGACAUGCCCUACGCCACCCUGGCAGAGCACCCCAUGGCCCACGCUGACGAGACGGUGGCCUCUCUCUGCCAGUUGGACAACUUCAGGACCCAGCUGGUGCAGGCAGUGAAGAAAGCCCACAGGGAGCACCCCAUCCCCGGUCGGGCCAACGGGGUCCUGAUCCUGGAGAGGCCCCUGCUCAUCGAGACCUAUCUCGGCAUCAUGUCCUUCAUCAACAACGAGGCCAAGUUGGGCUACUCCAUAACCCGCGGCAAGAUUGGCUUCUAAAAAUCCACAGUUUCUCCAAAUUACAACAGAGUUCCACCCAUGUGUCUGUGUUACACUGUCUGAGACCGUGUCAUGGCCAAUCUGUGUGUGUAAGUGGAGCCCGUGAGAUGUCCACACCUCUUCGAAUUGGUGUUAGACAAGCGGUCAGCCGACUGUCGGUAAAUAAUGUGCAGCGCUGCAUGGAUUGUUGUAUGUUUUUAGUUUGUUUCUCCGCGCACAGAGUACCUUUCCUGCAAAGAGUUGCUCGUAGAACUGCCUCACCACAAGUAGGCCCGCAGGAGUGGAUGCACAUGUGGCAUGAGUUGGAGAGAAAGGAGAGAGCACAUUAAUUCAUCACUUUGAGCUUCUUGUCGUCUCAUGCUCCUCGCGUAACCACUGAUUGACAGACAGUCUGAUUUUGGCCGGGGGGGGGGCGUGCGUGCUUUGUUCAGGCUCAUUUCUAAAACAACAAAAAAGGCCAGGCUGCCCAGUGACAACUACAGUGAAAUCAAAACACCAGGCAAUAAUAUGUUCCAUAUUUGCUACAUUUAUAAGGUUUGAAAUGAAGGAUUGUCAUAAUCAGAUCACUGGGCCAUCGGGUAGCUUGGCAGAAUGGAAUGACAGAUGGUGGAUCGAGGGAUUUAGUUUCGAGGUCAUCUUACAUGAAUAUUAUAAUAUAUGCUACUUACAGGAACACUGUUUCUGGGCUCUGAGUUUUAGGCUCAACUGUGAUACUUAUGGAAAACUGGAAUGCAUUCCGAGUGUCAAUGAAACUUGUUUGGUGGAGAUGAUGGCGUUCAUCAAUUCCAAGUACGCCGAGUACAGACUAGUGUACUUUGGAGUUUGUUCUUGGGAGUCCAGACUCCAAAGGACGGGGGGACGGAGGACGGUCUUUCUGCGAUUGGAACAGCAGCUGUUCUUGCUCAUAAGUUUACUCCAAUUAUUCACUGUAAAGUAUUUUUACAGUCAAACAAAAUAGGACUACUAUGCUUUUUUUAUUAUCCUUUAAAUAUAAUUUCAUUCUGAAUUGUCUUUUUUUAAUUUUUUAUAUAUAGUUAUGACCUUCGCAUUGAAAAUGAGGAAGGUUAUGUUUUGAUCGCCGUGUAUUUAUUUGUAUGCGUGUUACUCGCAUAACUCAAAAAGUAUUAAACCGAAUCGCAUGAAAUUUGGUGGGAUGAUUGGUUAUUAUCCGGGGACCAUUUGGAUCGAUCGGGUCAAAGGUCAAGGUCAUGAAAAGGUCAAAAUCUUUUUCCAAUUUUUAUCCAAUUGGCAUGCAACUAAUGCCAAAAUGUUCAUAAUUCAAUGCCCAAUCUUGUGAUAUGCGAAGGUAUGCGCUCUACCGAGUGCCCGUUCUAGUAUUACACAUGUAAUUGCAAGAAAUUUGGUCUAAAGUAAAAAGAUACCGCUAUAGUUCAACGUUAAAGUUUAAUUAAAAUAUUAAGUUAUGAAUCCUAACCCUCAGUCAAACGGAUUUAACGUUAUGUGUGAAUAAAUAAUAAACUGCCAGCAGAGCAUUUAAAAAUGUCCUGCCGUGACCAGGCUGCUCUCGGCUGUCACACAGCGCGCUGACCACCUUACUUCUCGCCUAAUGACAUCCUAAAAUUACAUUCCAUGACUCAACAACAGAAGUAUUAUUUAGAAGUCAACUGUCAGUUGUUUAUUUUCUCCUCCGGCAUCGUUUCCUGUUGCGAAAUGCAUUCUGGGAUAUCGGCUAGCCAGAGAUCGCACAAGUCUCCUCUGAUGCAUCCUCCGGAAAGUCACAUCUGGCAUUUUGACCGUGCUUUGCGAGAAGCGGACUUUGAAUUGGAACAUGUCGUCGGGCUGCGACUGAUGACGCUUCACGAGUCCACGAGUACAAAGAAGAACGCUGAUCGAUGAACGCCCGAUUAACUGCAUCUUGUGACCUUCCUCUCUUAUUGGCCAGUCUGGUGUUCUCUUAUAGCACACGGACGCUCGCAUUAGCUAAACGUAGUAUGUUACGGAUGUUUUAUGAAACAUUAACUCGUUGUUUGUUCGUAAGUUGCCUUUAAGGUCGUGCGUUCGUUUGAGGCACAUUGGCACUCGGCUGCAUUAAUCUCUGCAGUGGGAAUAAACAAUGGGUUACGAAAUGAAAUUCACGCAGACAAAGCUUUAUAUCAUUUCUUCAACCACGUAUGAAUCGUGUACAGGAUUUAGUUUUGUUUUUUUCCUGAACUGCAACCUAUAAUAUCAUUGUUGUGUUACCAAAGUUAACAGGCCAUAUUCUCAUGCUCAACAAUGCCAGUGAAUAAUUGUGUGGCAAAAUGUUCCGUGCUGGUCUUUGCAUGUUUCCUGCACGAUGAGUUUGCAUGACAGAUGUUUUUUUUAAAGUAAUAUCUUCAAAUAUUUGUAAAUACUAUUUGGGUUUUAUUUAUCUGCUGUCGUUCUGUUGCAGUAAACUCACAAAUGCUUCCUGAAAAUAAAUAUUUCAUUGCCA